CCGCCCCUCUGCGGGCCAGCCCUCAGGUUCCAGUAAAGCCCCUGCUGUCCUGGCCACCUUGCGGUGCUCUCUGCUGGGUCUCCACCCUCACUCGGCUUCACCGGCGACCUCGCACCUCAAGACAUGGCUGCCCAGUGUGUCACGAAGGUGGAACUAAAUGUUUCCUGUGACAACCUUUUGGAUAAAGAUGUAACUUCAAAGUCGGACCCUUUAUGUGUGUUGUUUUUGAGCACGAGCGGUCAACAGUGGUAUGAGGUUGAACGGACAGAAAGGAUUAAGAAUUCUUUGAGCCCCAAAUUUUCUAAGACAUUUAUUAUUGAUUACUACUUUGAAGUGGUUCAGAAAUUGAAAUUUGGAAUUUUUGACAUCGACAACAAAACUAUCGAGCUGAGUGAUGAUGACUUCUUAGGAGAAUGUGAAGUCACUCUUGGACAAAUUGUUUCCAGUAAGAAGUUAACUCGACCACUGGUGCUCAGAAAUGGCAGACCUGCAGGGAAAGGGAGUAUUACGAUUUCAGCAGAAGAAAUCAAGGAUAACAGAGUGGUCUUGUUUGAAAUGGAAGCCAGAAAACUGGAUAAUAAGGAUUUGUUUGGAAAGUCGGAUCCAUACUUGGAGUUUCACAAGCAGACAUCAGAUGGCCACUGGCUGAUGGUUCACCGAACAGAGGUCGUAAAAAACAACCUGAAUCCUGUGUGGAAACCUUUUAAAAUCUCUCUUAACUCUCUGUGCUAUGGAGAUAUGGACAAAACCAUCAAGGUAGAGUGUUACGAUUAUGACAAUGAUGGAUCACAUGAUCUUAUUGGAACAUUUCAAACCACCAUGACAAAACUCAAAGAAGCCUCCAGAAACUCACCUGUUGAAUAUGAAUGCAUAAAUGAAAAAAAGAGACAAAAGAAAAAAAGCUACAAGAAUUCAGGUGUUAUCAGUGUAAAGCACUGUGAGAUUACUGUAGAAUGCACAUUUCUUGACUACAUCAUGGGAGGGUGCCAGCUGAACUUUACUGUGGGAGUGGACUUCACUGGCUCCAAUGGCGACCCCCGUUCUUCAGAUUCCCUGCAUUACAUCAGUCCUAAUGGUGUUAAUGAGUAUCUGACUGCCAUCUGGUCUGUGGGAUUGGUAAUUCAAGAUUAUGAUGCUGAUAAGAUGUUUCCAGCUUUUGGCUUUGGAGCUCAGGUGCCUCCUCAGUGGCAGGUGUCUCAUGAAUUUCCAAUGAACUUUAACCCAUCUAACCCCUACUGUAAUGGAAUCCAAGGCAUUAUAGAGGCUUAUCGGACCUGUCUUCCUCAGAUAAAACUCUAUGGACCAACUAAUUUUUCUCCAAUUAUAAAUCAUGUGGCCAGGUUUGCAGCUGCCGCCACACAGCAGCAGACAGCGUCUCAAUACUUUGUGCUCUUGAUCAUCACGGAUGGCGUGAUCACAGACCUUGAUGAAACCAGACAUGCUAUCGUCAAUGCUUCCAAACUGCCCAUGUCUAUCAUCAUCGUGGGAGUUGGGGGAGCUGACUUCAGUGCCAUGGAGUUUCUGGAUGGUGAUGGGGGAAGUCUCCGCUCCCCAUCAGGAGAGGUGGCCAUAAGAGAUAUUGUUCAGUUUGUGCCUUUCAGACAGUUCCAGAAUGCUCCAAAAGAAGCUCUUGCACAGUGUGUCUUGGCAGAGAUUCCCCAGCAGGUGGUGGGCUACUUCAACACAUACAAACUCCUUCCUCCCAAAAACCCAGCUGUGAAAUAGAAGGAGCCAGGACAACUCCAGGAUUCAUAAGCCUCGUGGAGCAAUGCCAUCUCUUAUGCAGAAUGAUGUAUCUUAUCUACCUUAUGUGCUUUUCACCCCCAGUGUUCCUGAUACAAACCCAACUUUUUGUACGUAUUUUAUUUGUUUAAAGCACAUGUUUUAUACUUUUUGAAGAGGACAGUAGCAAAUCCAUCUCUGCUUCAUAAAUUCAGUGAUUGUUAGUGAUGUCUAGAAAUUGUAAGAGUGCUAUUUGGAAUUGAAUUUAAUGUGGGAAAAGUGGGCAUUUGUUGGUUUGUUGUCUACUUUCUAUAAUGAAAAUGCUAUUUUUAAAUGUUGUCAGAGCGAAUGAGGAAUUACAGGAUGAUCUGGUUUGCAGGUUGCUAUACUGUUUAUAGUAAAUAUCUUGCAAGCCAAAGUCUGUACUUGUGACUGAGAGAGCUCCUUAAAACAAGUAGUACCGAAUUUGUACCUGUGACUUUGUAUUUGUCCCUUCCCAUGCUGCAAUGAUGCAUUAUACAAAACUGUUUUCACAUGGGUCUUCAUGAAAAGCAGGAGCUUACUCAGUUUUUAAAAUGUACAAUCAACCAAUGGAAGGAUCCUUGCAGACAAGACAGGUUAGCCUUUUGAAAUCUUCUUUUCUCUGUGAACUAUUGCUCACAUGGUCAGGUUUGGCCUUUCUUUUACUGAGUAAACAAGACAUCCUUCUGUGGAAGUGCAAAUGAUAGGUCAUUCCCAGAGUCUACGUGACUAGGUCAGUGUAAGGUACCUAAGGGAUUGGGAUUGCUUUGUCCAUUAAAGCUGUGAGGACCAAACAUUUAAGAUGAAAAUUCACAAUUGUAGGCUAGGCAUGGUGGCACAUCAUGCUAGCGCUUGGGAGGCAGAGGCAGGAGAAUCAUCAGAAGCCAACCUGCCUAUGUAGUGAGUCCCAGGCCAGCCAGCUACACAGUAAGAAGAUGUUUCAAAAUAACAAAGAAAAAUAAAUAAUUGAGAAAUCCAUUUCUUCUAUCUAAUGGCAUCAUUGGGGGAGGUCAUUUUUAUUCUUUUUUUGCUAUGGUCCUGUGCAUUGAUUUGUAUAAAUUUUUUUUUUAGAUAUUUUUGCCUUUUAAAAUGGUAUUUUUGUUUUCCUUAAACAUAUAGUUCAUUAUUUAUUAAUCAAAAUUCCAUUUUUCAUUUCAAUAAUGUACUAUUUCCUAAGUUCAGAGUGGAUUCUGUUAAGCAUAAAACCUGAUACAGCAUUUAAAAAGAAAAAACAACUCACACAAACAAUACCCUUUUCUAAUUGCUACAUUUAGAUAGUGUGGACUUAGUAUGCUUGUUUUGAAGAAUAGAAUUAUCUCAACUCUACCCUUUGAAACAUACCGCUUCCUGAGCACCACAGUCUUGAAAUAGAUUCUGUAACAUUUGCCUGAAACUCUCGAUGUCAAAUACUUUGCCUGUCUAUGCAGUGGCCAAUCAUCACUAACAGUUGAACAUUUAGAAUUGUGUAUUUGUCACAUAAUCUAGCCCUAGUCAGCGUUCCUGUCAGUGUCACUGAGUCCCGCUACUGCUGCCUGUGUCUUUGUUCUCUGCAGGCUUCUCAGAAAGAGCUUAUUGCUGAGGUCUGGCUCAAAGAAGGUCUAUUUGUCUUGUUUGCCUAGCCCAGUGAGCAGAUGCCUCCUUCCCACCUGGGUAGCUGGCAUCUUGGUAUGUGCUAUUAACCUGAGGCAGUGUACCUCUAUAGCAGGGCUCUUAAAUUUAUUUUUGAGUCAUUUCACUCAAGACAUUUUUAAUGCAACCCCAGUUUUAUAAGCAUUUAAGAUAGGUAUAAAAUCAAACAUUGCAAGUAAAUCAAAUGAAAUUUAUUUUAGGGGGCUGGAAAGAUGGCUCAGGGUUCAGAACAUAUAUUACUCUUGCAGAAGACCUGAGUUUGGUUCCCAGUACCUACAUCAGGCAGCUCACAGUUGGCUGUAACUUUAGCUUCAGGGGCCCUGAUGCCUUCCUCUGUCCUCCAUGAGUACUGCACACAUGCAUACACACACAAAGACACACACAGUUCCAGCUUCAGGGGCCCUGAUGCCCUCCUCUGUCCUCCAUGAGUACUGCACACAUGCGUACACACAAAGACACACACAGUUCUAGCUUCAGGGGCCCUGAUGCCCUCCUCUGUCCUCCAUGAGUACU